AAAUAAUGUUGGAUAUUUCUAACGCCACAUUCGACAUAUGAAAAUCUCGUUUAAAAUGGAUUCAGGGCUUAUGACCACCCGACAACAUGUUUUCCAUGAGCUGCAAGGAAAAACCUGUUGAUCUGGAGGUGAAUGUGGGAUGUCAGAAAGAGUGCAGUAGCUGAAUACUCAAAAAAAUGAAAAUGAUUGAUACACAGCGUGCUUUGUUGGCAUUGGAGCGUCUGCAGGAGAGGCUGAAGGAAAGAGGAGAACUACCCACCGAGGAAAAACUCAGUCUGCUCAAGAGUGUUUUGCAGAGCCCCCUGUUCCACCAGUUACUCAUCAUGCAAGAGACUGGACAGCAGCAACAGGAACAGCAGGGCUCUCCCACGAUGCCUCAGUCCCAGUCUAUGAGUGACACAUCCCGCCCCACCUGCACGCUGAGCUACAGUCACUCCUACCUCUCAGCCCAGGGACGCAAUGACCUCUGUCGGCCCACCAAUCAUGUGACUUUUGACCCCUGCAUCACAGAGGACAUUUCACUUCUGCAGUUUAUGGCACGGGGUCGGACCGUACUUAGUUUUGACGUGGAGAAGGGAGACAGUGCUUUAGGCGUCCGUAUUAUUGGCUUGGCCGCUGAAAGCAGUGGAGGUCACGGUAUUUUCAUACAGGGGAUUCAAUCAGGCUCAGUGGCAGACAGUGAUGGACGUCUGUGUGAGGCUGAUCAGAUUUUGGCAGUUAAUGGUAAGCUGUUCGACUCCUCGGUAACACAGGAAGAGGCUGUGAAGAUUCUUCAGGAAGCUGCCUCUAUAGUGACCUUAACUGUAGCCAGAGGACCAAUGACAGAGGUUAACCACCCACAGAUAAGCCAUACUGUCUCUCUCUGCAAAAACCUCUGCGGUCUUGCUGGACAGUUCAGUCCUCGACAGAUUCAUCUAAUUGAGCUACAAAAUGACGGAUCGGGUCUGGGUUUCGGCAUCGUGGGAGGAAAGACGACCGGCACCAUAGUUAAAACCAUCUUACCUGAUGGGAUAGCAGGAAAAGAUGGGAGAUUGCGUACCGGUGAUCUACUUCUCCAGAUUGGUCAUGUUGACGUGUCCUCCAUGAGCAGUGAUGAGGUGGCACAGGAGCUCCGUCUUUCUGGUUUCAAAGUGAAACUUCUCAUCGCCAGGGAAACCACUGAUGAUGACCUCUCACCCCCCAUUGCUCUGCAUCAGGAAACUCAGGAUUCACUGGAGGGUAAUGAAGUAGAGUCCAGUGCCAGAUUCACUAAAAACAUGAACGGUUUGGGCUUCAAUAUUACAAAAUCUGUGGAAAACCUCGACACAGACUCCAAUGGGUUUGUAGUUAAGAGCGUACUAAAGGGAAGUGGAGUGGAUCAGGAUGGACAAAUUCACACUGGAGAUCACAUUAUUGCUGCGGAUGACUGCAGUGAACCGAAGGCAGAGGAGAUUUUGGACUUGACUGGCCAACAUGUGGAGCUGAACAACGGCUCCCAAUCUGGAACACAAACAACCCCCACAAUGUCCACAAACACCCAAAAACCCUUGACCCCACUGGGUCUCCUGCCCCCUCCGCUACCCCCAUGCCUACCAGAAUCAAAGCCAGCGCUGCCCCCAGGGAAAAUUCUUUCCAUUGAACGACGCGAUUUCAACUUCAACAGAGAGAAAAUACCCGGAAUGUCUGAGGAAGAGGAGAAAAGGCUUAAGGAGACGUGGCAAACCAAACUGGGCCCUAAAUAUGAAAUCAUGGUUGGCCAAGUUGAGAAGUUCAGUGAGAGCAGUGGUCUAGGUGUGAGUUUGGAUACUAAGGAAGGUCAUCAUUAUAUCUGCUCGAUACUGCCAGAGGGUCCAAUAGGACUGAUAGGAAUCAUACACCCUGGAGAUGAACUUCUAGAGGUAAACGGGAUGACUCUGAUUGGGGAGACACAUAAGGAAGUAGUGAGUUGGCUGAAAGAACUUCCUGUGAGAGUUUGUGUGGUGUGCAGUCGCCUCAUUUCACUCACACAGAAUGAAGAGGAUGAGGAUGAUGAUGUACAACUUACCCUCAAGGAUCUACUGGCAGAAUUGAAUGAAAAGGCUGAGGACAACUCCAUUGUUACUGCCAAAGAGGAUGAUGGGAACGCAGAGGCUCCUGUGCUAUCCCAUCAGGCCAUGUGGGAGAACGAGAUUCAAGUUUAUGAGCUGCAAAAAGGCGAUUCUGGCCUGGGAUUUAGUAUACUAGACUACCAGGAUCCCAUGAACCCCGGGCGGACUGUCAUAGUGAUCCGCUCUCUGGUAGCAGGCGGUUUGGCAGAGAGGGAUGCACGCCUGUUGCCAGGCGACCGGCUGAUGUUCGUCGACGGGACUGACUUGAGUCACGCUAGUCUAGCCGAGGCUGUUCAUGUUCUGAAGAGCACUGCUUUAGGCACUGUAUGCAUCGGAGUAUCCAAACCCUUACCGGAAAAUGAGACCCAGGACCUAGGAUCUAAUGUAACAGGCAACUGCCACUCAGCACGUAACAAUCAGCAAGGAAUUGUGCAGAAAAACAUUCAGUCCCAGAAUAGUGAGAUGGAGGCUUGUUCUAAACCCAUCUCUGUCCCGUCCAGUGGCUAUGAGAGAACCAUAACUAUAGUCAGGGGAAACUCCAGUCUGGGUAUGACAGUGAGUGCUUUAAGGGACGGUUCAGGCAUGAUAAUCCGCUCAGUGGUUCACGGCGGGUCAAUCAGCACGGAUGGAAGACUGACAGUGGGGGAUGGAAUAAUAGCUAUUAAUGGAGAAUCUACCAUCAACCUGACUAAUGCACAAGCCAGAGCUAUGCUACGAAAACAUUCACUUAUCGGACUUGAUCUCAGUGUGAUGUACAUACCUGCCGCCUUCGUGGAAGAGUACAGGGCAAGCUUUGCCCAAACCAAACAGGAAAUGGAAACACACAAAACUGCCACUGUCCAGUCCAAACACACUCUGCCCUUUAAAACCCUUGAAUGCAUUUCUGAACAGCAGAGUACAGUGGAUGGCAAACAGGUGAAUGGAAAGAGCGUUGCAGAAGUGAAUGAAAGCACAGAUAACCAAACUCAAAUAAGACAAAAGGAGAAAGGUGAAAGACAGGAUGGAAACCAAAAAGUGGGGAGGGUACAAACGAAUGGACAGAGAGAAAUGAGAGACAAAGAUGCAGACGAGAUUCAAGAAAAGGAUCAUAGCUCAUGGAGUCGACCUAGAAGGGUGACGUUAUUCAGGGCAGGAGGGACGUGUCUCGGGAUCAGCGUGGUUGGGGGGCGUGGCAUGGGCAACCGUCUGAGCAAUGGAGAAAUGAGACGUGGCAUCUUUAUUAAACACAUCGCCGAGGACAGUCCAGCAGCCCGCAGCGGUGUUCUGAAGGAAGGAGAUCGCAUACUUCAGGUUGAAGGUGUAGAUGUGAGUGACUUAACUAAUGAAGAAGCCGUUGAGGCAAUUCGGCGAGCAGGAGACCGAGUACAACUGCUUGUACAGAGUCCACAGCUUUCAAUCCCUGUCAACUGUCAUGAGGAAGACAAUCUGUCAAAAUCUAAUUCUCAGAGUUAUCAGGAACUUGAGGUACCCAAUAAUCUCUUGCACCUGUCCCCAACCAACCCCUUCAGCCCCGCCCCCUUUAAGCGCACUGAAGAGGGAAAAUUGGUGAAGUCUCCCGUAAUGAAAGUGGCCUCCAGGCAUCUCAACACAGAAGCAGAUGGAGUGCUGAAGGUUCCAGAGAGACCACCGCUACCAGAGAAAACUUCACAUCAGAGCGAUUGCGAGCAAAACACUUAUUGGAGCCGUGUGCUGCAGAGGUACGGCAGUCUACCCGGAGAGCUGCACAUGUUCGAGCUGGACUGUGGCUCACAGAGCUCUGGGCUCGGCGUGUGUUUGUCAGAAAGCAGAGACAGCGCUCGUGGAAGGAUGAGUGUGUUUGUAUCAGAGAUCAAACCAAACGGAGCUGCAGCCGCAGAUGGUCGGAUCAGAGUUGGAGAUGAACUGUUGGAGAUAAAUGGACAGGUGCUGUAUGGACGCAGUCACCAGAAUGCUACAGCGAUCAUCAACGGUGCUCCAGCUAAAGUCAGGGUUCUUCUCACCAGGAAUAAAGCAGCUAUGAAACAAAUGGCAACGGGACCUGAAUUGAAGAUGGCCAGCUGUCCUGUUAAUUCUCCGUCUGGUGUUGAUACCAGCGUGUCCAAAGAAGGUCAUCAUUUAAUUAUAUCACAGGAUGAAAAGAUCACAGAAGAGGAUAAACUGAAGUCUAGCUCCUCAGAGAAGCUCAACGUUGGUCUUUCUGCUCCAAUCAAUGCCACGUCCAAUCACAAGCCUUCCUGUCAUCCUGCUGGUCACACACCCUCCAGCUGCUGCUCUCCUCUGUCAUCUGACAGCCCAUCAGUGGAUGAGAGCAGAUCAUGCAGCUGCACAGCCAAUCAGAGCUCUUGCGUUGCAGCUCAUAGCACUUCCUACCUGGCCCAGUGUUCUUUGAGCUCGGACCCUCUUACAUGUCCCAUCAUACCUGGCUGCAUAAAUACCAUAGAUAUUUGUAAGGGCCACACGGGGCUUGGCCUCAGCAUAGUAGGAGGCUGCAACACAGUGCUGGGUGUAAUAGUGAUUCAUGAAGUGAAUAAGGGUGGCGCAGCACAUAGAGAUGGUCGGUUGUGGGCAGGUGAUCAUAUACUGGAGGUAAACGGCAUUGAUCUGAGAAUGGCCACUCACGAAGAGGCCUUGAGCGUCCUGCGAUUGAGCCCUCAGCGUGUGCGAUUGUGUAUAUACAGAGAUCAGGUCACAGACACACACCAGCACAACCACGCGGCACAAACUCUUCAGAACCACACACCCGAGGACAUGUGGGAUCUCUUUAGUGUCGACCUGACCUUAAAACCAGGACAGGGUCUGGGGUUUAGCAUUGUGGGUAAAAGAAACGACACAGGGAUCUUUGUGUCGGAGAUAACAAGGGGAGGGGUGGCGGACCUGGAUGGGAGACUGUUGCUAGGUGACCAGAUUUUGUCUGUGAAUGGGAACGACAUCCGAGCGGCAUCGCAGGAAUAUGCCGGCACGCUACUGCAGAGCUGUAGUGGGUCUUUGCUGUUGGAAGUGGCACGUUUUAAAGCUUUACCACACUACACAUAUGGAAACCAGCUGGGUGAGGCGGACGUACCUCAUCUCUCAUCGCUUGGCACAAAUGACUCUGCCGAUGGAAACGUGGACAUCCAAACUGUCACUGUUCAGAAGCAUGAGUGUGAUUCUGUGGAGUUGGGAGUGCGAGACACACAGGGACAAACAACCAUUUGCAUCUCCAACCUGGACCCUACCACACCUGCAGCACAGUCAGGACUCCUGCAGCUUGGCGCCAUUUUGAUCAGCAUUAAUGGUACAUCGACAGAAAAUCUCUCAGUCGCUGAAGCGAAAUCCCUCCUGAGAAACAGCAGCGGAGCCGUCACACUGCAGAUGAUGCAGAGUAGCUGUGUGGCCGGAGGAAGCUUCAAAGAUCAAUCAUCCUUAUUUUCUUCCUCACCUGGACUCUCGAAAAACAAACCCCAUAGUUCUCCUCAGUUUCAAACCAUCACUCUUGAACGUGGCUCUGCUGGACUCGGCUUCAGUAUUGUAGGAGGAUUUGGCAGUUCCCACGGCGACUUGCCCAUCUAUGUCAAGAACGUAUUCCCAAAGGGAGCCGCAGUGGAUGACGGGCGUCUGCGUCGGGGCGAUCAUCUGCUGGCAGUAAAUGGGCGAAGUCUAGAGGGUGUCACUCACGCCGAAGCUGUUGAGAUCUUGAGACAGACCAGCGGACCAGUUACUCUACAAAUACUUUCAAACAGACCACCAACAUGCUGAUAAACCCACACAGAAGAUGUUUCAACGAUCCUCACUACUGAGAUGACUGUCAUAAGCCUCACAAGAACUGAUGACCGACUGUCUCCAAACGCGCAGUCUUUUCUGACACUAAAUGUAGAAUGUAAAGUGGGAGAAGCCAAUAGACAAUAGUGCUAAACUGUGAUCCUCCAUUAUUGAAACAUAUACAGUGAUGUCCAAAAUAACAAGAACACCUCACAUAUCUGAAAAUAUUACUUUUCAUAAUGAUGCUUGCUCUGAGCACAAUAAAUAUCAGAUGAGAUAAAUUAAGGAAAAUGACCUAAAUCACAGAGUGGAUAGAAACAGUACGACUCACUUUAUCUGAUAUUUGUUGUGCUCAGAGCAACCAUCACGAAAAGAAAUCAUGUUUUGGAGGCAAAAAGGUCAAUAAUUUCUGAUGUGUUAGGUGUUGUAACUAUUUUGGCCACCUAUAUAUAUAUAUACACACAUUUAUAACACAGGGCUGAUGAAUGCUUUAUUCUGAUUGGUUGAGAAAUGUUCCACUGCGCAUCUUAAAUAACCACCAGAGCAAUGUUUGUGGUAGCCAUGGUAUAAGCUGAAUAAUUGACUCAGAUCCAUUGAAUUAUUAGAAAAUAAUGCACACCACGGUGUAACAGUACUCCGCCUUGCCGCUUUACCACCUUGGAUGUGCAUUUUUUUUAAUAAUUCUACGACCUGUUGUCAAUCGUUCCUUACAUAAUAUACAUAUAUACACAUACAUACAAGCAAUGAUUGCCUGUUUUCACAUCUCUACAGAGACUUGUCCCUUAAUUCACAAUGAUUUUUUUUGAAAAUAUGCAAAUUGUUCAGCUCCCCUAGAGUUAAACAUUUGAUUUUUACCAUUUUGGAAUCCAUUCAGCUGAUCUCCGGG